CUCAGUGCAGUCAAUUUUCAGUCCCCCCUCAUUCUUGCUAUGGAGAACAGCACAGUCAAGGCUGGAUCAUUUCAUGUUCCUGUGUGCUGAGUGACUGCUGUACCAGUCUGCCAGAUCUGCCUACCCUCUAAAUUCACCUCUAACCUUACUGGCCAGCCACACACAAUGCUUGGGCACUGCCACUUUGCCUUAAUCCUCAUCUCCCUGGCAUCUCUUGGAGUUGCAGAUGAUGCCAUCCAGUGCCCUCCUUGCUCACAGGAGAAGCUCAUUCGCUGUCUGGACCCUACUGGGUGCCUGGAGCUGGUGAAAGAACCCGGUUGUGGGUGCUGUGCCACCUGUGCCCUCCAGAAAGGGACGCCAUGUGGGGUCUACACUGCCCGAUGUGGCUCCGGGCUGCGCUGUUACCCCACCAAGGGUGCCGAAAAACCCCUGCAGACCCUUGUGCAUGGGCAGGGGGUCUGCACUGAGAUCACGGAAAUAGAAGCCAUACAGGGGACUUUCCAGACAGCAGCAGAAGAGGACCAUCCCAAUAUCAGCUUGAAUCCAUGCCCUACGAAUGACAAAACUUGUCUACAGAAGGAACAAGCCAAAGCCAACCGGAACACCAUGCAGAGAAUGAAGAAAUUGACUUUUGGCCGUCAGACUGCCAAUAAUUUACCCACUCAGAUGGGUACCUGUCACAUGGCAUUGAAUAUAGCACUGGAGAGAUUAGCAUCACUCAAGACCAAAACACAGGAGGAUUUUUUGAAUACCCCAAUACCAAACUGUGACCGAGAUGGAUACUUUAAUCCAAAGCAGUGCCAUCCAGCUCUGGACGGACAGCGUGGAAAAUGCUGGUGCGUCGAACGGAAAACUGGUGUCAAGCUAAACCCAGCCUAUGACCCUCUGAGUGACCCAGACUGUCAGUUGGCAUCUGAACUCAUCAGAAAAUAAAAGAUCAAGCACCUUUCCACUCGAAAGCCGCCAUCCUAACAAAGACAUUCAGCUCUACAGGGACUUGAAACCUUUUACAAUCACGAACCUACAAGUGACGGCAAGAGAAACUUAAAGGGUGUCUCCACUUUCCUGGCAAAUUUGAUAUUCUAUGGCAGUACAUCCAUCAACUUUAUAAACAAUGCUUAUUACAUUUUUUAUAUGCUUGUAAAGGUUCUGGAAGUAUCCACUGAAUCAAAUGAGAACUAUAUCAUUUUGUCAAUAGCCACGGUGGAAGAAUAUCCGGUAUCUACACUUAUUGCAGUUGGCUUACCUACACAACAUUCAGUGUGACCUUCAACUCUAGUGGAUACUUUAAGAUUCUACAUAAGUUUAAGGGAACAUGACGGCUAAUAAGCACUACUUAAAAAGUAGAUUUUUUUUUUUCCUAUCCUGCCUUUAGUGUUACAUUUUCCAAAAUGGUAGAGCUGUACUUUAAUUCUUUACCUUGCUGAGAAGUCUAAGUUCUUUAUCAAAUUGCAGACUGUCGCUUUGAAAGGAAACGACUUCUAUAUAUAACUGUGGAGACAUGGAAGGUUAGGGGUUUUAAUGCUUACAUGUUUCUUUUAUUUAAUAGUUGUAGGAUUUAGCAGGUCAAGAUUAAGCUAGUCUUAGGACUUAAGUGUGUGUAGAAAGUAGCACACUUAUAAGCUAAGUAAGAGCAUGUAUUAUGCUGGCCACAAAUAGGAAUGUCUUUUGUCUGAUAAAGGUGAAAUAUUUGAAAAGUA